CCAGCCCGGCCCGCCCGCCCGCUCCCCCUCCCCCGAUCCCUCGGGUCCCGGGAUGGGGGGGCGGUGAGGCAGGCACAGCCCCCCGCCCCCAUGGCCGCCCGUCGGAGCCAGAGGCGGAGGGGGCGCCGGGGGGAGCCGGGCACCGCCCUGCUGGCCCCGCUCAUGCUGGGCUUGGGCCUGGCGCUGGCGGGCCUUGGCCUCCUGCUGGCCGCGGUCAGCCUGGGGAGCCAGGCAUCGCUGUCCGCUCAGGAGCCUUCCCAGGGGGAGCUGGUGGCAGAGGAGGACCAGGACCCUCUGGAACUGAAUCCCCAGACAGAGCAAAGUCGGGAUCCUGUGCCUUUCCUGAAACGAUUAGUUCGGCCUCGCAGAAGUGCACCUAAAGGCCGGAAAACACGGGCUCGCAGAGCAAUUGCAGCCCACUAUGAAGUUCACCCACGACCUGGACAGGACGGAGCGCAGGCGGGUGUGGACGGGACAGUGAGUGGCUGGGAGGAAGCCAAAAUCAACAGCUCCAGCCCUCUGCGCUAUGACCGCCAGGUCGGGGAAUUCAUAGUCACCCGGGCUGGACUCUACUACCUGUACUGUCAGGUGCACUUUGAUGAGGGGAAGGCCGUCUACCUGAAGCUGGACUUGCUGGUGGAUGACAUGCUGGCCCUGCGCUGCCUGGAGGAGUUCUCGGCCACAGCAGCGAGUUCUCUGGGGCCCCAGCUUCGCCUCUGCCAGGUGUCUGGGCUACUGCCUCUGAGGCCAGGGUCCUCCCUGCGGAUUCGCACCCUGCCCUGGGCCCAUCUCAAAGCGGCCCCCUUCCUCACCUACUUUGGACUCUUCCAAGUUCACUGAGGGGCCCUGGUCUCCAGGCAGAUGUCCCAGGCUGCUGGCUCCCCACAAGAGCUCUCAGAGCACCCUGGUCCCCUCUGCCCACCCUCAGCUGCUCCUGGCUCCUGGCCUGCCCCUGCCUCUGCCGGCUGUCAGGGCUUGUUCACAUUUUCCCUCCCACAUAAAUACAGCAUUCCCAUUCUCCCUUACAAUGCCCCCACCUCCCACUCUCCGCCUCACCAGCUCCCAAACCCCUGAUCUUCCGAGGCCUCCAUUUAUCCCAAUUCUCCCUGGCCACAGCCCCCCAGGACACUGUGUUUGCUGUACUCUGUGGGCAAGGAUGGGUCCAGAAGACCCUGCUUCAGGCACUAGGAGGGGCUGCACCUGGCGGCCGGAAGCAGAAGAGGCUGGGCCUAGGCCAGGAGUUACCAGAUGUGAGGGGUGAGAGACGAGGACAAGCUCCUCCUUUGAGAAUUCCCUGUGGAUUUUUAAAACAGAUAUUAUUUUUAAUAUUAUUUUGACAAAAUGUUGAUAAGUGGAUAUUAAAGAGAAUAAGUCAU